GUAAAAGCUAAUUGAAAAUGACGUCAUCACCUGGCGACAUGUAAACUAAUCUCAGAAAAAAGUUGCAAAAAGUGCCUUAAUAUUUUACUGUUUGUGCCCCACUGUGACACCAAAUACUAAUAAAUAUGGCAGGGGCAGGAGCUAAACCUUUCGUAGAUGCCAAAAUAAAACAGAGAACGGUUAUGAUGUUCUCAAAGAGUAAUGAUCCUGAAUGUAAACGAAUCAAAGAAUAUUUGUCAAGUUAUAAAAUGGACUUGGAAACUUAUGAAUUUGUGGACAUUGAAUGUAGACAAGAUGUGAAUCAAAUUGAAAAUUAUUUCCAGAUAAUCUGCUUAACAGAUAGUAGAGCAGUUCCCCAACUCUUUGUGAAAGGAAAAUAUAUUGGAGGAGACAAGGAAAUAACAAGAUUUCACGAGAAUGGAGAACUGAAGGAAAUAUUACGAAAAUAUGGGGCAAUAAAAGCCUAACUCUGAUAACGCUAUGAAAUGCUUGUUCAGCAAGUGCAUGGAACAUGUCCAAAGUUUUGGAAGUUUCAGUAUAGAUGGGUAUUCAUUAUGAAACAUAUCUACCUGUAAAGGAUACAUUCCUACCUGUAAAUGAUAAAACUCGUUGCAUAUGUGGAACACCAGACACAAAAACAGCAAAUGUAGCAAUAUGUUAAUACUCCUUAUAUACUAUGUACUGUAUUACAUCUUGAUGGGGACAUAAAAUGUAUGUGUGAUAGUGGCAACAACAUCUAGGAUACCUCAGUCCAUUUAAAUAAAAAUGCCUUAUGUGACUCAUAAUGUUUACUUGUAUAUGAACAGACCCACAGUAUAUCACUUUCUACUAAAGAAUUUUAAUAUAAAAACAGUCAACUUCAAAUUAAAGGUGAAAUAUUUUCUACAUACGAGACAGUAUUUUCUGUAUCAUAGUAAACUGUCUCUUUUGAUAUAAGGCACUAUACUAUUGGUGUGUUAGUGUUUCAAAGAUUUUUUGUUUUGCUCUCUUCAAAGAAGGGGUUUAUUUUAUGUAAUAUUUUAUAUCUACUGUCCGACACGUAUUUGUAAUAAAACAAAUAAAACAACACAAUUUUAGUAUAUUUUUUAUAAAUUUUAUUGCACUUCAAA